CGCCUCUUCGCUUCCAAGAUGACCAAGAAAAGAAGGAACAAUGGUCGUGCCAAAAAGGGCCGCGGCCACGUGCAGCCUAUUCGCUGUACCAACUGUGCCCGUUGCGUGCCCAAGGAUAAGGCUAUUAAGAAGUUCGUCAUUCGGAACAUCGUAGAGGCCGCAGCCGUCAGGGACAUUUCAGAAGCGAGUGUUUUCAACGGUGAGCUCCUGGCACGCGAACUGUCCUAUGUGCUUCCCAAGCUGUAUGUGAAACUGCAUUACUGCGUGAGUUGUGCCAUUCACAGCAAGGUAGUCAGGAAUCGUCCUCCGGAAGCCCGGAAGGACCGAACACCUCCACCCCGAUUUAGACCUGCUGGUGCUGCCCCACGACCUCCACCAAAGCCCAUGUAAGGAGCUAAGUCCUUAAAGACUAAAGAAAUACUGUUCCCUGGAAAGACAAUAAAGUGGAAAUUAUACUUUA